CUGCUUUGUGCGCAGCUGCUGAAACACGCUGCUGCUGCUUCCUUCUCCGGCUUCUGGAGCUUUCUACAGCACUCAUGGCUUUCCACGUACCCAAAGCGCCGGGCUUCGCCCAAAUGUUGAAGGAUGGCACCAAGCACUAUUCAGGACUUGAAGAAGCCGUGUUUCGUAACAUCAGAGCCUGUAAGGAGCUUUCCCAGACCACACGAACCGCUUAUGGACCCAAUGGCAUGAACAAGAUGGUCAUCAACCACCUGGAGAAGCUGUUUGUCACCAACGACGCUGCAACGAUCCUCAGAGAGCUGGAGGUGCAACAUCCAGCAGCCAAGAUGAUCGUCAUGGCUUCACACAUGCAGGAGCAGGAGGUCGGAGACGGCACCAACUUUGUGCUGGUGUUUGCCGGCGCUCUGCUGGAGCAGGCGGAGGAGCUGCUGAGGAUGGGCCUGUCCGUGUCGGAGGUGAUUGAAGGCUACGAGAUGGCGUGUAAGAAGGCCCUGGAGAUCCUGCCCGACAGCUCCUGCUCCUCGGCCAAGAACCUCCACGACCUGAAGGAGGCCACGUCUCUGAUCCGCACGGCCGUCAUGAGCAAACAGUACGGCAACGAGGACUUCCUGGCCGAGCUGAUCGCUCAGGCCUGCGUUUCCAUCUUCCCCGAGUCCGGCAACUUCAACGUGGACAAUGUCCGAGUCUGCAAGAUCCUGGGAUGUGGAGUGACGGCGUCGUCGGUUCUUCACGGGAUGGUUUUCAAGAAGGAGGCAGAAGGAGACGUCACAUCGGUUAAAGACGGCAAAAUCGCCGUCUUCUCCUGCCCGUUUGACUGCAUGGUGACGGAAACCAAGGGCACCGUGUUGAUAAAUAACGCUCAGGAGCUGAUGAACUUCAGUAAGGGGGAGGAGGACCUGAUGGAGGCGCAGGUGAAGGCGAUCAAGGAGGCCGGAGCCAACGUGGUGGUGACGGGGGGGAAGGUGGCCGACAUGGCGCUGCACUACGCCAACAAGUACCAGCUCAUGGUGGUCAGACUAAACACCAAGUGGGACCUGAGGAGGUUGUGCAAGACCGUGGGAGCCGUGGCUCUGCCCAGGAUCACGGCGCCGACCCCGGAGGAGAUGGGUCACUGCGACAGCGUGUACCUGACGGAGGUGGGAGACACUCAGGUGGUCGUCUUCAAACACGAAAAGGAAGACGGAGCCAUCUCCACGGUGGUGAUCAGAGGCUCCACCGACAACCUGAUGGACGACAUCGAGAGAGCAGUGGACGACGGCGUCAACACCUUCAAGGUUCUGGUCCGGGACAAGCGUCUGGUACCAGGAGCCGGAGCCACGGAGAUCGAGCUGGCCAAGCAGAUCACCUCGUACGGAGAGUCCUGUCCCGGGCUGGAGCAGUACUCCAUCAAGAAGUUCGCCGAGGCCUUCGAGACGUUCCCUCGCGCCCUGGCAGAGAACUCGGGCGUGAAGGGCAGCGAGCUCAUCUCCAAGCUGUACGCCGCGCACCACGAGGGCAACAAGACCGUGGGCUUCGACAUCGAGGGAGAAGGCCCCGCCGUGAAGGACAUGCUGGAGGCCGGCGUCCUGGAGCCGCUGCUGGUCAAACACUGGGGCAUCAAAAUGGCCACGACCGCCGCCAUCACGGUGCUGCGGGUGGACCAGAUCAUCAUGGCUAAGGCUGCAGGGGGACCCAGAACUCCCAAGCAGAGAGGCCACUGGGACAAGGACGCGUGGGACGACGAGCCCGAUCAGUUUGACACUCACCAUUAGAGGGUUUAACAAACACACGUCAAUCAUCAUGGCUAAACCUGCCGGUGGACCCAAACCCCCCCAGGGCAAGAAGGACUUUGACGAGGAUGACUGAGCCCGACUGUCCAGCUGAUGCCCGGCACGCUUCCACACCGAUUCACAAACCUUUUCUACUUGUUUAUUUAACGCUCCUCUGGUUCAUUUUGUAGGAAUGACCAAGCUUUGGUCAGCAAAGUUACGUGUUAAAGUCAAAAGUACAUAUGGCUGUUGCGCUUUUUAUGUUCCUUGUCCCAAAUAAAAGGCACUUGCGCUGUCA